AUGCCGGCACCUAAGGAACUUGAUCUUACCACCAUCGUCGUGUUUUUCAAGGUCAUUCAGAGUCCACGUGGCACCAAUAUCCUCACACUGGCUGAAAAUCACAGAUUUCUUCUGGAUCUGGCUAAAAUGAGCAGUCAUGCUAAGCGGAUAAUUGAGCAAUCUAUGGGUGGGGUUGAGCAAGAGGGAACCUUGAGAGAUGUUCUCGCAUUCAAGUUUCGGGAGAAUAUUCACGCACCACGCGGCUGGCUUGUUGGGUCUGCCGAGACAGAUGACUGCGACCUGAAGCUCGCCAAGGACAAUCAUUCUGGUAUCAGCAGAUUUCAUUUCUGCAUUGACAUCAGCCCCGAGAACCGUCCUCGAAUCACUAAUCUGUGCAGAAAUGACAUUCACAUUUAUGGACAACACGCUGCAACAACCGCUGCUCUUAGAGCAAACGAGUGCAGAGACAUCGAGGGACCUGUUGUCAUUCACAUGGGAGCGGCAUCUCUUCGAAUAUGGCGACCGAUUCUCACGAAGAAAGAGCAGGCCAAGUUUGUCAAAAAUGCCACGGCUUUCAGCAUGGAUUUCAUGCAGGCGGUACCGAAGCCUCCUCGCCGCAAUCCGGAUUCUACCUCAGAUAUCCGCUUUGGCCUUAGGAACACCGCUUACCGAAAGGUUAAACAGGUAAAACUACGCACGGGCUCUUUUGGGUCAGUUGUCAAAGUGAUAGAGCUACGUAGCGGAAAUUUCUUCGCCGCCAAAAUGCCGCAUCCAGACUUCCGUCGGUCGGUCAGUGCAGAGCGGCAAAACUGGGAGUUGAUACAGAGAGAGUUUCGCAGCUUAACAGAACUGCACCACGAGAACAUUGUAAGAACCAUCGAGACAAUACCAGGCGACCUUGGCACCGAGCCGCCGUGGCUGGUCCUGGAGUGGGUUGAGCAGAGCCUCUGCAACUACUCGCCGUCGGCACGCGAAUUGCCAGACAUCCUUCGCCAAAUCAGUUCCGGGUUGUCCUACAUGCACGAAAAGGGUUUCACACACCGCGACAUAAAGCCAGCCAACAUACUCAUCCGCCGGAACGGCCCGACCACCGUAGCCAAGAUUGCGGAUAUCGGGUUUGCCAGAAAUGGCGGGGCCAGAAAUACGUACACCUUCUCCGGCACGCUUCUCUACAUGGCGCCUGAGCUUUGGAAGUCCCAGAAUGGCUACUCCAACGCGGUUGAUCUCUGGUCCCUCGGAAUGAUUGCGUUGGAGAUCCUCACCAAAGGGGGCAUUUUCUAUGGCGCACCGUCGGAUCGUGGGCAUUUGCCCAUCGAAACUGAGUACCUCGCAUGGAUCCGGAGCAGGGUCUUGCCGCGUCGGGAUUACGACCCCGUGUACAGGCCCCUGAUAGACGCAUUGCUGUCGGAGCAGGCCGUCGAACGCUGGAAGGCCCAUCAGUGUGAACGGUGGCUUCUGCGUCACUGUCGUGAUGCGGAGUUAGCGGAGAUCAGUCACAACAUGUAA